AAGCUGGAAGAAUUUUGAUGUUUUCUUUUCACUCUAUGUAAUUUUCUUUUGGUAACCGGCUACUUGUUCAUUGGAUGAUUUUGGAUGAUGGAUGAUUUUAAUAAUAUACGGCUGAGAGGCCGGUGCAUUUCUCUUUUUGGAAAAAAAAAGGCAGUGAAACAACUUUUUCUAAACAAAGAAGAAACAGCUUCAAGCAUCCAGCCAUGGCAGCCAAAAGCACUUCCUCCUCCUCAUGCUUUUCCUUCCUCAGGGAAGCCCUGCUCCUCCCCACGCGAAACCCGAAGCUCUUCACCCCCGUGCUCCUCUUUCUUUUCGUCGCCUCCAUGGUCGCCCCCUUGACCAACGUCCUCUGCAUCCAGCCGCUCGCCGCCGACUUGGGCCACCUCGCCGCGGAGACGAAGAACACGGACCCUACCAGCGCCGAGUACGCCAGGAUCCUCGAGGAGACACAGCGGGACGCAACGAAGAUCCUCGCCGCCGCGGCCGCGCUCCUGCUCGUCGCGCUGCCACUCGCCUUCGCCAAGCAGAUCCUCGCCUUCUCCGCGGCCUCCACGACCCACUCCGGCGGCCGCUACUCGCUGGCCGAGCUCCUCCGCGCGCUGACCACCAAGGGGAGCGGCGCUCUCAACCUGAAGGGCCCUUGCAUCACCAUCGCCGUCGUCACCGUGCUCGAGGUCUCGUCCAUGGCGCUCCUGGGCGCGCUGCUCUACGCCAUGAUCGGGGGCCGCGGCUCCUCCAAAUCCGGAGUGAUCUUCGUGGUACUGGGUCUCCUCUUCGUCCUCGCCGUCAUCGCCUUCCUCUACCUCAAUGUCGUCGCGAUGGUGGGCGUCGCAGCGUCGGUGGUCGAUGGCGAGGGUUGCCGGGGCUUGCGCGCGCUCCGGCGGGCGUGGGGGCUCAUGACGCGGGUGAAGUGGAAGAAAGGGUUCGUGCUGCUGCUGCCGGCGUACCUCCUGCCGACUCUUGUGGCUCCGUUGUAUGCGUUUGGCAUGAUGUAUGCGAAGACGAGCAUGGCGAUCGGGCUGUGCCUGCUGUCCGUGUAUGCUCUGCUCUCCUCUGCGUGCGAACUCUUCGCCAUUGCGGCAGCCACGGUGUACUAUUACCAAGCCAUGGAGGGCAGGGAGGGGACGACUGCUUGUGAUCAUGAUGCCAAGAUUCCUACAGGGGAAACAAAUGUCUGAUCGUAUCAUUGUGUUUAUUUUUCUUUUCUGGAAUACACCAAGGCGGGUGUAUUAUGUAUAGUCUGAGAUUUCUUUUCAAGUUGGUAACACUAACACCGUUGUUGCUUUGAAGUAAAUAUAAUACUUUGUGAAUGA